GCAUGACUCGUGUCAACAGCGGCGACAGAACUGCAUUCCUGGCGCGCGGCGAAGCGCAGGAUGGAAUGAUGCUGACACGGUUUUGAUCCCUGGUGACCGCUUUCGAGAACCGCCGGAUGCCAUUUGUGGUCGCAGGGCGACGCCGGCUCCCGGCACGUUAUCAGUUGGGCAUGCAGUCCACGAGCGACGCAGAUAUUCUUUCGCUGGCGAGGUGCCUGGGUUCCUGUCAGGUUCCAGUCGUUAUAAAUUCUUUGUGAACAGAGCAAACAGAGACCAGUCCUCCACCCCGACAUACAACCAGCCUCAGCCAGCUCUUCUUCUGCAACAAUGUCUCAACAAACCGCCGCUGCUGUCCCUCCUCUCACCACCUGGGAUGAUCUCCAGGCGCUCGGCUGGGACAAGGCGGCCGUCUACACCGCCGUCAGUGCCCUCCGCCCGGACACGAUGACCGGCGAGGACCAGCUGCACUUGAACGACAGCUUCACCACCACCAUGGCGCCUCCCAUCUCGUCGCAUAACACGACCAUGGCCGCGAAGGGAACGCUGGACCCGUCUCGCACCGAGGUCACCAAGUCGGUCGGGAAGAAGUUUAGCAUCUUCGAUUCGUCUGCCGCCGGUCACGAACAUUUUACCAAGACGUGGAACAACAUCCUCGACUUGUCGAUCGACAUCAGCCUCCCUGCGCUGAUCAGCGUCAACAACCCGAUCCAGUUCUCCAACAUCGCCGGGAAAGUGAGCUUGGUCAUCGCGGCGAACGCGACGGUUCCCACCACGAAGCAAUAUCUGUACCCGCAGAGCAAGGACUUUGACUUUGAUAUUGCGGCCAACGAGCGCGUGAAGAUUAUCGGCACGCCCCUUUUCGUGACCACUACCGAGGUUUACAAGCUCAACUACGGCUUGAUGAGUGACAGUCAAUUGGGCACUGAGGGUGACAACUUCCAAGGACUCGUUAACAUCCCAUACGUCAUCAACCAGGUCCUUCUGAGCGAGGGCAAGAAGUACGGCCCCACCGGCACGAUGGAGCUCACCGUCGUCUACAAGACCACGACGCUCAAGAUCGACUUUAUCCGCGACACCACCGUCGUUCUCGGAGACUGGGACGAAGUCGUCAGCGGGCAGAGCCUCGCCUUCAGCGACGAGAUCGACUCGGAUGCUACCGAAAGCUUCGGUGCUCUCACGCUCUGAGAGGCGGUUCUCUAUGGUAGAUCAGUAUUCCGACAGAUCAUGUGUGGUUGUAGUAUUCUAUCUAUUGCUCAGAGUUGAAACCGUUUCCCUCCCAAGAGCGGACCGUCAGAGACAGCUGGCAAUGGUGUCACGUGUAUUGGUUUGACCCACAUCU